AUGUCUGCCCCUGCCACCUUCUUCCACCACGUCCCCCUCCAGAGCUGCUUGCAGAUUCUGAGUCGGCUCCCAGGGAGCAUCCUAGAGAGACCAGGCACUGCAUGGUCUUCAGUUGCAUGCAAAGACCCUUCACGGAGCCAGCUCCUCACCUUUGGGCCUGUCUUGCAGAUUAUCGGGACCAUUCCACUGAUGCCUAAUCCGGGGCCAUCGAGCCAAGCAGCAAGCGGCACUCAGGGCUUGCAAGUGCAGCCAAUCACCCCCCAGCUCCUAACAAACGCCCAGGGCCAGAUCAUCGCCACAGUCAUUGGGAACCAGAUCCUGCCCGUGAUCAACACCCAGGGCAUCACGCUGUCACCCAUCAAGCCCGGCCAGCAGCUCCACCAACCCUCCCAGACGUCAGUGGGUCAAGCAGCCUCCCAAGGCAACCUUCUGCACCUGGCUCACAGCCAAGCAUCCAUGUCUCAAAGUCCCAUCCGGCAGGCUUCCUCUUCUUCCUCCUCAUCCUCCUCUUCUUCAGCUUUGAGCGUGGGCCAGUUAGCAGUAAAUCCUCAAACGGCAGCGGGUGAGGUGGAUGGGGUUAAUCUGGAGGAGAUCCGAGAAUUUGCCAAAGCUUUUAAAAUCCGGCGCCUGUCUCUUGGCCUGACCCAGACUCAGGUGGGACAGGCUCUCAGUGCCACAGAGGGCCCCGUGUACAGCCAGUCGGCCAUCUGCAGACACACCAUCCUGAGAAGCCACUUUUUCCUACCACAGGAAGCCCAAGAGAACACUAUAGCUAGCAGUCUGACAGCCAAACUGAACCCUGGCCUUUUGUAUCCUGCCAGGUUUGAAAAGCUGGACAUCACCCCUAAAAGUGCCCAGAAGAUCAAGCCGGUGCUUGAGCGGUGGAUGGCUGAGGCUGAGGCCCGCCAUCGAGCAGGUAUGCAGAACCUGACCGAGUUUAUCGGGAGUGAACCAUCCAAAAAGCGCAAGCGGCGCACCUCCUUCACACCCCAGGCCCUUGAGAUCCUCAAUGCCCACUUUGAGAAGAACACACACCCUUCUGGGCAGGAAAUGACCGAAAUUGCUGAGAAGCUGAACUAUGACCGAGAAGUAGUUAGAGUUUGGUUCUGCAAUAAGAGGCAAGCCCUGAAGAACACAAUUAAAUGCUUAAAACAGCACGAGCCGGCCACGGCAGUCCCUUUGGAGCCCUUAACAGACUCUCUGGAAGAAAACUCCUAAAGAGAUGCCCACCCAUAAUCAGAAGCAAAAUUCACAGAAACUAAACUCCACCCUUGGGACUCCACAACAACAACAACAACAAAAUUUAAUUUAAUUUAAAAAUAGCCCCAGUCGUCAUCACCCUUGUAAGUAAAUGACUAAGAAAACUACCAAGUGGACAGAAUGGUUUCUACAUGUCCGUUGGUUUUCCAAAAAGGAAAGAAGAAAAUUUUUAGAAAAUUUUUAAACAACGAAUACACCACACUGAAGGUGUGUUCCCUUCCCCCACCUGUCUCCCCCAAAGCCAGUUUUUUAAUGGACUUAAAGCAAACCAAAUAACCACGUACUUUUUUCUGUAUAUUAUGAAAAUGUGAACACAUUUUAAGGAAAAAGAAAAAAAAAACGAAACCAAAAACCAACAACGAAGGAACAAAAACUUUGAUCUGUUCAAAGCGAAUACAAGCCUGCCACCUGGAGGAAGGACUGCACCCCUUCAGGUACUAAGUGCUGAUUCACUAUGAAACCUAUUAACCAAAGUCAGAAACAUGGCAUUGCAAC